AUGGGUCGGUUUCGUGGGGUGUCGAAUCCUUUGCACGUUGAACUGCUGGCGCUGCGGGAGGGCCUGCAUCUGGCAGCAAAGUGGCCAGGUCUCCGCAUCUGUCUUGAGAGAUGCACAGGGGAUGAUCAACUCUUCAAUUGUGUGGCUGACCGCCUAGCUCACUAUCCUCUAUUGGCCCAUGUCCCUGCUGAUGAGGUCGAAUGGUGGGACUCGCCCCCUAUUUGGCUCUCUGAUACAUAUCGCUUAUCCAAGAUUUCGGUUGAGGUGUAA